UUCACAGUUCACAGUCCAACACAUGCUUGCACACUCUCCUGUCCAUACACGAACGCGUCCUUCUCGCCUCCACGCGAUUCUCGAUCCCACCCUCUACCCGUCUCUGUUCUUGCAGCGACCGCCGAAGCAGAGGUGUUCGCUUGUUCAGCAGGCUGUAAGGCUUUGUUCCACCUGCGCAAGCCACCACCACUCCACCCUUGGUUUGGCGCCGCGCUCUCGACACCAACACACCACUCGACCGCCGCUUUCGCACUUUCGCGUCCCUCCGACACAGGCAGUGUGACGAGCUGCCGUGCAGCAACACCUUCCAUUUUGCGUAGACCGAACAGAUCAGCCGAGCGGUGGCUUCGAGCAGUGACGACAGCAUGGACGGCGGAGAUUCGGGCAGUGGCUCUGGAGGUUACCCGCUGCUUCGCCGUGAGAGCACGAAGCGCAACUACAAUACAAUGGCGUCGAGCCACAGAAGCUCUUCACCCGACUCGCUCUUCGUGACGCAGGACGACCAUUACAACAACGAGCACGCCGCACAGCGACCACGCUUGUCAAACCGAUUGGCCUUGCCACGCCUACCACCUCGCUAUCCUGGUGACGGACUGGACUUUCGCAGGCCCAUGACGUCGAGUAAUGUUGGUGGCAGCAACGGCAAUGGAGGACGUUCAAAUGACACUGGAGUAAUCGAUCUGACAGCGGAGGAUGAUAUGCAAGAGACAACAAGACGUUCAGGGUCAAUCUUUGGUGAACCGUCAGGCGGGGCUUCACGUGCUCAACGCGGCCCACGCUUCGGAAGAAACAUAAUUGAUCUCGAAAGUGAAUCAGAAGCUGAGGAACGUCCGCGGCACAGCUCACAUGCUGCUGCCUCACAUACACAACCGCCGAAUUACUUGACUUUGUUUCCGCCGCGUGCACCUAGCACGACCAACCCACAUCCGCGCUUUGCUGGACUUCGCCGUCCACAGCGUGCACCACCAUUCGAGACAGACAUGGACGACCUCAAUCCCGGACGCUCGAGAUCGAACGCUCGAAUUCGCCUCAAUGGCGACUCUGCACGCGGCCAUCGAAGCGUGACACCAUAUCCGAACGGCUUCGCCGAGCCUAUUGAUCUCACUGGCGACGACGACGAUGUGGUGUUCGUCGAAACCAGGGCGGGCGUAAACGCAGACCGGCCGACAGCGACAGCUGGUGCCGGCACGCGCUCCAUGACCGAUCGACUUAACGAUAUCAGGGCCAUGACUGGCGGCGGACGGCUUUUCCACCACCUCCAUAACUUGCAGCACGCACUCGGCGCGUUUGCCAGGGACACUCAUGACCCUAUACCUCACAUGCCUGCAGCCGGACCCCUCGCAAUCGGCCUCGAAUUCGAUCUGCCUGCAUUCGAUAUGGGCAUUGCGGGUGGAAAUCAAACUACCGCAGACAAGUACGAGCCACCUGCUGCGGCUUCUAAAGGCUUCACGCGAACUCCGGCCGAGGAUGAUGUUCUGGUGUGUCCCAACUGCGGUGAUGAGCUUGCUGUCAGCGAGGAUGAGAAGAAACAAGAAGUAUGGAUCAUUAAGAAAUGUGGCCAUGCGUAUUGCGGAACCUGUGCUCAGUAUCGCACGAAGACGUCGAGAGGAAAAGGAAAGGCCCCAGCGCACCGCAUGCCACUACCGUUCAGGGAAUGCGUGGUCCACGGGUGCAACGAGAAAGCUGGCGCAAAAGCUAUGCUUCACGUGUUUUUGGGCAGUUAGUUGCACAUUUGCAACGAUUGCGAGUACAUUUCAAUUCCCCCAACGGAAAGCUUUCAAGCAGGAC